GAACUUCGAUUGAAUGUAACUGAUAAAAAUAAUACAUUUAAUUGUGAACUGCAGUAUCAGAUGCUAAGGCCUCACAACGGCGGUUUAAACUGUGUGAUGCAGGGGAGGCAGGAAGUGAGGUCAACGUGGUGGGAAUUUUUGAAUGGACUAAACCUCGGGUGGGAAUAAGUCCUUGGCCCUAGAAAGAUAGAAAGUCUGCAACAUAGACCGAUCGUAAAAAAUUGAUCCUGGUGGGAGCUAGGUUUAUUAUACUAUUUAAAAAAUUAUGGGUAUCAACUAACAGAAAUGAUUUGCGUGGAGUUUUGAAAUUCAUUUGCCGGGGCUCUAGGGAUGAGGCCUUUUGUCGAAGCCAAGUCAAUAUCGUAUCAUGGUGUAAGUCAUUUUCGUGGAGUUUUGAAAUUCAACCACCUGUCUCUAUGUUCCAACAAAAACCAGGAAAAAGCUGCCGUAAAUAAUUUUCUUUAUGUCAAUGUCAUUCUAGAUAGAGAUAUUGUUUUUGUUUAUGGUGUUCCUUAUGUGUAACUUGCUUAAGGGAGCUUCUUUGUGACGGAAGCUGCAGGCAACAAUGAAUAUUCUUUGCUUUAUGUUCAUCAGUUCUAAGUUUCUAUUUUUAUUCUUGGAAUUCUCCCAUGCGGCUGAUACUAUUAAUUCAUCACAGUCUAUCAGUGAUGCUAGUGGCACCACCUUGAUUUCAAAUGGCGGAACCUUUGAGCUUGGUUUCUUCAGUCCUGGUAAUAACCCCAAUCGUUAUUUAGGAAUAUGGUACAAGGAUAUCCCAGUUAAAACUGUUGUUUGGGUUGCCAAUAGACUCAAUCCCAUCAAUGAUUCAUCCGGUUUGUUGAUGAUAAACAGCUCUGGUAAUCCUGUUUUACUGGGCCAGAACACAAGUGUAGUUUGGUUUGCAAAUUUUACAAAACAAGCAUCAAGUUCCGGGGUAGUACUUCAGCUACUAGAUACAGGAAAUCUUGUCCUGAGAGAUGAACAAGAUGGGAAUUCGGAGACUAAUUAUUUGUGGCAAAGUUUUGACUAUCCAUCUGAUACUCUGCUUCCAGGAAUGAAGCUUGGAUGGGAUUUAAGGACUGGGUUUGAGCGGCGUUUAACGUCUUGGAACAGCCCUGAUGACCCCUCUCCUGGAGACUUUAUUUGGGAAUUGGUACCACAACAAAAUCCUGAGUUGGUUAUGUGGAAAGGCUCAACCAAAUUCUACAGGAGUGGCCCCUGGAAUGGCCUGAGAUUGAGUGGCGCACUAAAUAUGAGGCCCGAUCCGGUUUAUGUUUUCAGCUUUGUAUCUAGUGAAAAUGAGUUGUACUAUACAUAUAAUGUCACAGAUGAUUCGGUGAUCUUCAGGAUUGUUAUGAACCAAACUGAGUAUCAACGUGAUAGACUCACUUGGAUUGAAACAACUCAAAGUUGGCGUCUUUAUGACACUGUGCCAAGAGAUAAAUGUGACGAUUAUGGACUUUGUGGUCCCUAUGGAGUUUGUAUUAUCAGUGAUUCUCCUAUUUGCCAGUGUUUAGAAGGGUUCACACCUAGAUCACCAGGAAAUGUGGACUGGUCACUUGGAUGUGUGCGGAAUAAACCAUUGAACUUGUCAACAAUAGAUGGUUUUAUCAAAUUUGAGGGGCUGAAAUUGCCAGAUGCUAAUCAUUCUUGGGUUAAUGCUAGUAUGAACCUCAAGGAAUGUGAGGUGAAAUGCUUACAGAACUCUUCUUGUAUGGCAUACGCAAAUUCAAACAUUAAAGGAGCCAGCAGUGGCUGCACUAUGUGGUUUGGUGAUUUGAUUGACAUGAGACAGAUGAUAGUUGAUGGGCAGGACUUGUACAUUCGGAUGUCUGCUUCAAAACUAGGGUCGAAUGACGGAACGAAGAAGGCAUUGGUAAUAAUUUUAUUUACAAUUGGUGUAGUUGCUGGGGUGCUUGUGCUUGUACUUGGUUACCUCAUUUACAGGAGGAGGCAGAAGAAAACAUCAGAGAAAACAGAAAUCAACAUGGAAAACGAUAACCAAAAUGAAGAUCAACAAGAAAACUUGGAGUUGCCAUUGUUUGAGUUGGCUACAAUUAUCGAUGCCACCGAUAACUUCUCAAUCAACAACAAGCUUGGAGAAGGUGGAUUUGGACCUGUUUACCAUGGAAAACUAGAGGAUGGACACGAAAUUGCUGUCAAGAGGCUUUCCGCGAUUUCUGGGCAAGGAUUAAAUGAGUUCAAAAAUGAAGUUAUACUGAUUGCCAAACUACAGCACAGAAAUCUUGUAAAGCUUCUUGGUUGUUGUAUUCAAGGAGUGGAGAAAUUGUUGAUAUAUGAAUUCAUGCCCAACAAGAGUCUGGACAACUUCAUAUUUGAUAAAAAAGGACGUAAGCUAUUAGACUGGCCUAAGCGUUUCCACAUUAUCUGCGGGAUUGCAAGGGGUCUUCUCUAUCUGCAUCAAGAUUCUAGACUGCGGAUUAUACAUAGAGAUCUUAAGGCGAGUAAUGUAUUACUUGAUCAUGAGAUGAACCCGAAGAUUUCAGACUUUGGUUUGGCCAAAACAUUCUUUGGAAAUCAAACAGAAGGGAGCACAAAAAGAGUGGUUGGAACAUAUGGUUAUAUGGCACCAGAAUACGCUAGCGAUGGAAUGUUCUCUACUAAAUCUGAUGUGUUUAGUUUUGGCAUUUUAUUGUUGGAGGUCAUAAGUGGGGUGAAAAAUAGAGGGCUCUAUCAUUCAGAGAAUAGUCUCAACCUUAUAGGUUAUGCAUGGAAACUAUGGAAUGAAGACAAACCUUUCGAAUUGAUUGAUCCAGUGUUAGGAGAAUCUUGCAAUAUUUCAGAAGUGAUAAGAUGCAUCCACGUUAGUCUAUUAUGUGUGCAACAGUAUCCUGUGGACAGGCCAAACAUGUCAUCUAUAGUUGUGAUGCUUGGUAGUGAUAAUGUAUUGCCUCCGCCAAAACAACCUGGUUUCUUGAUGGACAGGAAUUUACUUGAGCCAGGCCUUUCAUCAGGCGAUUCUGGAUUAACAUCAAAGAAUGAAAUUACUAUCUCACUUUUGGAGGCUCGAUAGUUUUCUAACUGUAUAUGUCCAAUUCCACAUUAUUUAUACUUUGUAUAAUAUCUACAGACGUGGGUGUUUGUAUUUUUGAGUCAUUAGCAAACAUCUCACCUAUGACACUCGCAUAGUUCUAUAUUUAUUAUAAGAUAUCGGUGUGAGAAUAAAGGUACAAGAUUGGAGGAAUGAAAUUCAUUUUCAAACUGUA